AUGGCCGCACUUCCCGCAUUUGGAAACUAUCACCUUGUUGAACUGGCGGAGGCUCUCGAUUCUGCGCUUGAUCAAAGACUGGGACGUCACCUAACGCCUACCCCUGCUCAUCUUUCCCGCGUUGUCUACAUUCCGAACCAUAAGGAUAUAACCACCCAUCUUCCGCUGUACGACAUCACAGAAAAUUACGUGAAAGCUGUGAAGACGGAGUUCAUCGGGAGUACCAUGAUGAAGAAACCGAACGGAGACGGCAUCGACGCAGAAGUCCGCUAUCUUGUCGAUUUUGCAAGCGAUUUUGCCGAGACCGUCGUGACCAUUGAGCGAAGGGUCCCAGGUCAUGAUGGAGAGAUGGUCAGCAUGCAUUUACCUCUCGAAGCAAACGGCGGUUUUCGGGUCGCCUCGCUCGAUCCAAUGCAAGUCAUGCAGCUCGUCGUUGCCAACUCGUUUCCCGUCCCAGACACGAAGAUGCACGCAGGUGCAACCCCAGUGCGACACCCAUGGUUCCAAAUCUCGCAUUCAUCACGAGAUGGGGCUGCCUCAGUACCCUCGAAUCUCGAAUGGCAAAUUCGUCCGACAGAGCUUGGCCCUUUGCGAUACACACUCGUGGACACCGCUGUGAACACUGAGAACGGCGAACCGAUGAUCCAUGCCAUUUAUCACCACAUUGGAAUAGGGUUUGGUUUGCCAAAUGACUACAGCGAGGGGGUUCUGUUGCUCUCGGAGAAUCUCAACGGCGAAGCCGAGACAUUGGCCGUAGCAACUCUUCUGGGACUGCUUCGACAGGUUCGGUCCGUUAAUCAGCCUCCUCCAAAAUCAAGGAAGAAGUCACUGGUCAAGCGAGUUCUGGGAAAGAUAUGA